CAAUGGUCGGCAAACUGCGGCUCGCGAGCCACAUGCAGCUCUUUGGCCCCUUGAGUGUGGCUCUUCCUAAGCCGUAGGAGUGCCCUAAUUAAGUUAAUAACAAUGUACCUACCUAUAUAGUUUAAAAAAUUGGGCUCUCAGAAGAAAUUUCAGUCGUCGUACUGUUGAUAUUUGGCUCUGUUGACUAAUGAGUCUGCCGACCACUGCUCUAGGACAUUCUAACAUUAAGCAGGUGAGGAGGAAGAACCAGAAAAGGAAACUGAGGGUAAUGGCCAGUGAGGUAGGAGGAAAACCAGAAGUUGGUGCCACAGUGGAGUAAAAAAAAAAGUUUUCAGAAAGUAGUAGUCAGCUAUGCUAUGUACUGCUUUUGAGGUGAAAGAAGAUGAGGACAGUGGGCCUUGGAUUUGGCAAUGUGAAGUCAUCCAUGACCUUGAGAGUUUCAGGGACCUAGAGGGACAAAGGCCUGAUUGGAGUAGGUUCAAGAGCGGAGAGGAGAAUUAGAAACAAAGUUAAAACAACUUUUUGAGGGAGUUUUAUUGCAAGGAGGAGAAAAAAUGGGGUAUAUCAUAUAAAGUGAAAUAAAAGAUUUGUCUUAAUGUUUAAUUUGGUAAAAUACACAUAAAGCCCAUCAUCUUAACCAUUUUUAAGUGUAGUUUAGUGGCAUUAAAUACAUUCACAUUGUUGUGUGACCAUCACGACAAUCCAUCUCCAGAACUCUUCACAUUGUAAAACUGAAAUUCUGUCCCUAUUAAACAAUAACUUCCCAUUCCCCCUCCUCCAGCCCCUAGUAACCACCGUUCUACUUUCUGACUCUGAGUUUGACUACUUUAAGACCCUCACACGAGUGGAAUCAUACCAUAUUUGUCCUUUUGUGACUGGCUUAUUUCAAUCAGCAUAAUGUCCUCAGGGUUCAUUCAUGUUGUAGCAUGUGUCAGAAUUUCCUUCUUUUUAAGGCUGUUUUUAAGCUAGGAAAAAUAACUGCAUUUUGUCGGCCGAUGGAAAUGAUCUGGUAGGUUGAGAAAUUGAUGACAGAGGGAGAUGGGACAAACACUGGAACAAUGUUGGAGGUGGUGUCGGGCAUGACCAGUUUCUCUGUAGUAACAGGUGGGAAGGCAGGAUCUCCCAUCUCUCCACCCUGGGGCAUCACCCUUCAGGGGAGGGAGGAAGAGCUCCGGAAUGGCUGAGGAGAAGAAGCUGAAGCUCAGCAACACUGUGCUGCCUUCGGAGUCCAUGAAGGUGGUGGCCGAAUCGAUGGGCAUCGCCCAGAUUCAGGAGGAAACCUGUCAGCUGCUGGCAGAUGAAGUCAGUUACCGCAUCAAGGAGAUUGCACAGGAUGCCUUAAAGUUCAUGCACAUGGGGAAGCGGCAGAAGCUCACCACCAGUGACAUUGACUAUGCACUGAAGCUAAAGAACGUGGAGCCACUGUAUGGCUUCCAUGCUCAAGAGUUCAUUCCUUUCCGGUUCGCCUCUGGUGGGGGCCGGGAACUCUACUUCUAUGAGGAGAAGGAGGUUGACCUGAGUGACAUCAUCAAUACCCCUCUGCCCCGGGUGCCCCUGGACGUCUGCCUCAAAGCUCAUUGGUUGAGCAUUGAAGGCUGCCAGCCAGCUAUCCCAGAGAAUCCACCUCCAGCUCCCAAAGAGCAGCAGAAGGCUGAGGCCACAGAACCCCUGAAGUCAGCAAAGCCAGGCCAGGAGGAAGAUGGACCCUUGAAAAGCAAAGGUCAAGGGGCUGCUCCAGCUGAUGGCAAAGGGAAAGAGAAGAAGGCACCACCCCUCCUGGAGGGGGGCCCUUUUCGAUUAAAGCCCCGAAGUAUCCAUGAGCUGUCUGUGGAGCAGCAACUGUACUACAAGGAGAUCACUGAAGCCUGUGUGGGGUCAUGUGAAGCCAAGAGAGCGGAAGCCCUUCAGAGCAUCGCAACAGACCCAGGGCUCUAUCAGAUGCUGCCACGAUUCAGCACCUUCAUCUCAGAGGGGGUCCGUGUGAAUGUGGUGCAGAACAACCUGGCCCUGCUCAUCUAUUUGAUGCGCAUGGUGAAGGCACUGAUGGACAACCCUACGCUGUAUCUAGAAAAAUACGUGCAUGAAUUGAUUCCAGCUGUGAUGACCUGCAUCGUGAGCAGACAGUUGUGUCUGAGGCCAGAUGUGGACAAUCACUGGGCACUCCGGGACUUUGCUGCCCGCCUGGUGGCCCAGAUCUGCAAGCAUUUCAGCACAACCACUAACAACAUCCAGUCCCGGAUCACCAAGACCUUCACCAAGAGCUGGGUGGAUGAGAAGACUCCAUGGACUACACGUUACGGCUCCAUUGCAGGCCUGGCCGAGCUGGGACAUGAUGUGAUUAAAACUCUGAUUCUGCCACGGCUGCAGCAGGAGGGGGAGCGGAUCCGAAGUGUCCUGGAUGGCCCUGUGCUGAGCAACAUUGACCGAAUUGGAGCUGACCACGUGCAGAGCCUCCUCCUGAAGCACUGUGCCCCUGUUCUGGCAAAGCUGCGCCCACCACCUGACAAUCAGGAUGCCUAUCGGGCAGAAUUUGGGUCCCUUGGGCCCCUCCUCUGCUCCCAUGUGGUCAAAGCCCGGGCACAAGCUGCUCUGCAGGCUCAACAGGUCAACAGGACCACUCUGACCAUCACUCAGCCCCGACCCACGCUGACCCUUUCUCAGGCCCCUCAACCUGGCCCUCGGACCCCUGGCUUGCUGAAAGUCCCUGGCUCCAUUGCACUGCCCGUCCAGACACUGGUGUCUGCACGAGCUGCUGCUCCACCUCAGCCUUCCCCUCCUCCCACCAAGUUUAUUGUAAUGUCAUCGUCCUCUAGUGCCUCAUCCACCCAACAGGUCCUGUCCCUCAGCACCUCAGCCCCUGGCUCAGGCUCCACCACCACCUCUCCUGUCACUACCACGGUCCCCAGUGUGCAGCCCAUUGUCAAGCUGGUCUCCACUGCCACAGCUGCACCCCCCAGCACUGCCCCCUCUGGCCCCGGCAGUGUCCAGAAGUACAUAGUGGUCUCUCUUCCCCCAACAGGGGACGGCAAAGGAGGCCCCCCCACCUCCCACCCUUCCCCAGUCCCUCCCCAGUCCUCAGCCCCUUCCCCACUUGGGGGCAGUGCCCUCUGUGGGGGAAAACAGGAAGCUGGAGAUAGCCCUCCUCCAGCUCCAGGGACUCCAAAGGCUAAUGGCUCCCAGCCCCCUGGAUCUGGCUCGCCUCAGCCUGCCCCUUAAUGCUGUCACACAUCUGCCAACCUUCUCUUCCCAAGACUCACUCUCUACACACACACACACACACACACACACGCUGGGUGGAAGGAAGUAGUCAUCUGCUUCCCUCACCUUAACUUUCUUUUUAGAUAUUGUACAGCCAGCUCCUCGUAAUAAAAGUUUGAUUUAUAAGUUC